AUGUUCUCCAUGCAACGAUCCCUCUCUUCGCCUGUCCUGCACGCCUCCGAGCCUGCCCCCAUUCCUCCUACGAGGUCGUCAACUCCUCCCUCUCCAGAACGUCAUGUCGAGUCCUCCCUGCCUCGACGAGUACACACGAGCAGCCCCUCACAUUCCGACGUGUCCCCAGACACUCCUCGCGACGGCGAAAUGCCACCCCCCUCACGCCAUAGUGAGGACCUGCCGCGUCCCGCCAGCGCGAUCCAGACCACGAGUCCGAUUCUCAGAAAAGCCAUUGUCGCCCAGCCGACUCCUCCCCCUCCACCUCCCGCCUCGAGUGCUCCGGACUUGACUACCAACAGCGCAAGCCGAGAUGAACCCAAGAGACUCCCCUCCGCCCUGAGGGCGCCUGUCAAGAUACCCCAGCCCCUCAUCACCGACGCCUCCCUCUACACAAACUCGUACCUGGCUCCAGUUGACGCGGCAGAAAGCACUUCACUAGACGAACUCGCCCAUUUGGUCCGAUUAUCAAAGUACCAGGAGCGCAAGCGCGCCAACACAAGAAUCCGUCUACAACGCACCUUGGUUUCCACGGCCCUGUCUGCCCGGCUUACUCGCUGCGGCGAGAUCACCCAGAGGAACCUGGCCGAGUGCUUCCGCACCGACGACAAGAAGACCUUUGCGGCCCUCUACGGCGCAAUAUCGGAUGUUCGCAAGAGCUGCGACGAAGUCAGGAGGUACGCUCUCCUCGAGCCCGAGGUUGAGCUGCUCCAGUCCCCAGGAAUGGUGUCAUCCGAAAGUUUGGAGACACCCACAGGCUCCGUGGUCGCUGCCGGCCCCAUGGCUGGCUCGACUGUACCCUUCCUCCACGACAUCUCGGCCGAUGCCAGGGAGACGUUUCUUAGCUUCUUGUCCAAGAUAAGGAAUGACCCGGACUACCUGGCCACCCGGAUAUGCUCGCUCUCGAACUCGGAGCGUGCCGCCAUCACCAACUUCCACUCCGGCCUGGAUCCGGUCGAGUCCGUCCUGCCACUGUACAAUAAGCCCCAUGUGCGCGGCCCUGGCACCUCCUCCAACAGGCACUUGUCUAACAACCCAAGCCCAGUUGAGAGGUUGCUAUCCUUCCAGAGACACGAUGCCCUGUCUGCGCUCAUCUACACGUGCUUUGCUAAUUCCGCAGGUCCCGACAGCGCUGAGGACAAGCGUCGGACCGACGUGUGGGCCAACGCGUGCGCACGCCUCAUUUCAAAAUCCGCCACGGAAUCCAAGUCUGGGAACGAGAACGUCCCGAUCGAGCCCGUCUUGAUCCAUGUUCUCAAUGUUUGGUCAAACAUGCGCGACUGGGCUGGCCGUUCAAACAUGGAAUGGUAUCUAAUGAAGAUACUCGAGGACGGAGCUUUCCUUUUGGAUCGCGCCGAGGACCAGCAUGGCACCAGGUUCAACAUUUCGGACUGGACAUCCAAGGACCAAAUUGCUGCCGACGAGUUCUAUGAUCGUGCUACUGAUGAGCUUUUCGAUAUCUUGGAUGACGAGGAUGCUACCGGCCUCCCAGAGGGCCUCCUCGAGAUAGGAAAUCAAAUACUCAGACGUUUGGACCACAAGUACGUCGACAGCACCCGGAAAUGGUUUGUCUACAAGUGGUUGUUCUCGGUCUGGCUGCUUGGUGUCGUCGUUCACCCCGAAAGCCAUGGUAUGAUGACAGACUACCACAUUACCGAGUAUGGCAGGCAGAAGAUUCUGAAACAAGUCGCCAUGAGAGCCUCCAGUGUUGUGGUUGACAUGCUUUGGAAGACCGGCCCAGUCUCGACACCGCCCAAGGUCAAGGCCCACGUGGAGAACAUCCUUGGUCGCUUCAAGAACUCCCGCUAUAAGCCCCGCCCCAGGCUUCUCAAGGCCAGAUCCAUCACAUCGUUGCGAGAAACUGCCGAGGUGCAUCCAUAUUUGGUUGUGAGUCCUGCGGAUUUGGUCACACUGGUUAACGCGCUCUUCCCCGAGAAGAGGCCGAUGUCGUCCGCCUCUGUCCGCUCGGGUGCUCCCUCCAUAUCCGGCAUGUCGACCAUCUCCCAGCCCAUGUCGAUGGCCACGUCGAGAAGCAACAACUUUGAGACAGCUUCUAUCAUCAGCACAAGUGUGUCUUCUGUCCUGAGUGAUACAAGUACAGCAGCAGAGACAACAAUUGAGCCGCAAGCCACUGGGACAUCUGCCAGAUCCUCCCCGCCACUAGGCGCUCGCUCGAGCCAAGAGUAUAUGAGCAACUAUGAGGACGAUGGGUACCGACUCCGCCUUGCCAUCCAUGAGAUGACCCAGAUUCUUGGAGUAGACACAUGCUGCGGCUCAUGCCACCCAUGCGCCGAGCGAUGGGCCAUCCUCUUCAUCUCCUCGGACGGGAAAUCACUCUCCACACAGAUGACCUACGACCCGGAUGACGAACCCGAAGAGGAGAAUUCCUCAUCCCUCAGCGAGACUGACGAAGAUGACGUGGAUGACGACAGGCCGGAACUUGACAAGGACUAUCAUCAGCUGCGUGACUCAAUCUUGAAGUUGGUCGAGGACUUUGAGAUCCCGCAGACGUCAGAGCAGGAGACUGGAAAGUUCAGCAACAGGACAUCGACGCUGAAGAAGUAUCGCUCCAGGAACAAGAUCAUCACAACGGAGAAAGCAAGGCCUGGGAGCCCCAGCCGGAAUCCAUACCGCCGAAGGGUGACGGGUCAAGAUAGUCCCACUAGGAGCAGCUCGCCUCUCGCCGCAAGCGACAAAGGAAAGGAGGUGGCAAGCAGGGGCCAAGAGUCACCUGAGCCGACACCGAUCCUGGUAGCUAUGCUUCAAGCUGCCGCAUCCCAAGCACGAGCACAGUCAGACUUUGUAGGCUCGCUCUCGUAUUUCAGGACGUUGCAGCAGCUCAAUGCUCUUUCCUCGUCAUCACUCCGUGCAGACGGCUUCGCAACACUGUUGAACAUCUUCAGCCGAGGGCCUCGAGACUCUAUCCGGCGCUCGGCAUCUGCUAUCGAGGAGUACGACGCGUGGCUUGUCUGGCUAAAGCAGUCUCAGGAACGCGCUGAGGGUCUAAUAGACUCUAUGAUGAGGCGUCUGCGAGCGCUGCGUGACAAGAUGUGGUACGUCACUGACGUCCGGAAUUCGGCACCAUAUGAGCAUUCUCGCAACAUUGCUGUCGCCUUGAAGUCGAUGGGCACUCGUCGCAAGCGCAAUAGCUACAGUCGAAGCAGAAGUAUGCCCCGUGGUUCUGCGACUACGUAUAUCUACCGCACUGAAUCUCAAAUCAUCGACCUUUUAGCGGCGAAUGAAGACCAGGGUGGCCCGAACAAGCUGUCAGAUGAUCAGGCAGAGAAAACGUCCCGAUUCCUAGAGGAAUAUGGAAUCGAGAAUUUCUGCCCUGGCGAGGAGCGUAUUCAUCGAUUCUGCUGCGAGGUCAAAGCAUGCAUUGGCAAGCUCGUUGGCGACAACAUCAUGGAUGGGCCGGUGCUCUGGAGCAGCGAAUUGUAUCUCCGGGACAAGAAGUUGCUUGAGGGCCCACCUGUGCGAAGGGAUCCUCCUAUGUCUUCUUUCCAGAAUGACGACGCCAGCAGCAUUAUGAGCGAGUCAGAGAGGCGAUUCACACCGGCAUCGAGUAGAACAGGAUCGCUUGCGAGAGAUUUGAGAGGCAUGGCGUCAGUCGCCAGCUUCGACUCGGCGCGGUACGGGUACUCGCGUGCCAGCACGGCGAUGAGCGACAUCAUGGACUCGGGAGACUAUUUUGGGCAUGCCUCACCCGUCCACACCAUUGAUAGCGCAUCGACAUACUGGUCGCCAUUCCAGUCCAUUACAUCCGCAAGCUCGACCACUUCUCGUGCUCACAGUCCCACCACAAGCAUCACUAAUUUCAGUGGCUCCAUUUACGGCUCACACACUCAAGCAAACCACGGCAUUGGCCGUCCCGGCACGUCAGUGUCCAACAGCGAUACCAUUCAACAGCAGCGGCUGAACGAUGACAAAUCGAGGUUUCUCACUGACCUCCAACAGACUCUCACGAGUUUGUUGCUCAGUGACCUCGGGAAUUUAGUCUUCUCGAGGGGCUCAGAAACAGAUGGCUGGUUCGAAGACCUUGGUCAGGACUGCAUCGACCGGCGCGAUGCCAAUGAGCGAAAAGCCAAGAAGCGACGGUCCAGGCUCCGGGUCAUCGCACGGAAAGAAAGCUUCGGCAAUCUACGAGACGCAAACAACGCUGCAGAUGCUGCGGCUCUGAACCAGAGCACGUCCGAGUCGCAGCCCGUGGCGAGCGGCCAGCCGACCCGUGACAACGAGAGCUCCGCGACUAGCGAUACAUUAUCAUCCAAGAAGUCCUCAAAGUCGAGUAGGGAGAGUUUGCCCGAGUUCCCGUUCACUGGAGCAUAUCAGCGCUUGUUGAGGAUGUUCUGCGUCCACCCUAACCCAUACGCCAAGCUCAAUGCCCUCUUCGAGUUGGAGCACCUCAUUGUUGCAUCUCUGACAUCUGGCAGCCCUCGCCGCAGGCUAGCAUGGCUGCGUUCGGCAGAGCUCGAAGCAGAGAAAUAUAACCAGGGAGGCCAUUGCCGACCAUUCGAGGAGGCCAUUGAUAAUCUUCGAGAACGCAGGUCUUUAACACUUCAAACGCCGGGUCUUGGUGGCAGUCGCAUGCCUGGCGGCAACCUCAAUUCAGAAACUCGGUCUGUCGUCAACACGUCCUCGCCAGCAGCCAACACAGAUGCUAUUGCCACAGUACUGCAGUCGCUCUUUCGUAACGCGGAAAUACGGCCUGCGACCCUGUUCCGUGACCUCCAGUUCAUCGCCAGUUUCGUCCCUGCCAGCAUUCUAGACAAGACAGAUCGCGGCAAGGCAUUCUGGGACUGCGCGAUUGCGGCCCUGGGCCUCAAGCAGGAGGUCUGUAGGACCAUGGUCGAGAUGGCGGAUGAGCUUGUGGGUGUGUACACCAAGACGAGGAGGGGCAAGCCGCCGGCACCGGAGAGCACGGCUAGCUCGUCCAUCAACGGUGAGGAUGAGCCCCGCACACAGAAGCCCUCGCCCAACGCCGAGCAACAGAACUCGCGCACGGCCUCAUCGUGCCCGCCCACGCCGCCACCACCAAGCACGACCUAUCGUCUUGAGGACGCAGCCCGCAUGUGGACCAUCACUGCCAAGGAGGGCGACCCGACGAGCCAGAGGGAGCUGGCGCUCUUCUAUCUGUCCAACCCAGAGCUUGUCGACCGCACCACCCUGCCGCUGUCGAAGCCCCGCGAGGUUUUCAAGCAGGCGGUCAUGGACAAGUACGGCGGUGGGUAUGGGACACGAAUUGGUGCAGGGCAACUCCACCGACCAGGAAGUGCUGGCCAUGGCAUUGGUGCCGAUGGUGGUAAGAGAGAUGUCAGAAGCGACCCUGCACUCAUGUGUGUUGCCAUCCACUGGAUGGAAGCCGCCGAACAGGGUGGUGACGAGCUGGCGAGGACCUUCCUGGGUCAAAAUGACCUCGGACUGUGA